ACUUGAGCCUUGGAGCAAUGCUAUGGAGAAACUGGCAGCCGGGCUAGCUGGUCUCCACUGGAGCAUGGGGGCUUUUCCCUUGGACCUCAUCGUCAGCCGCUGCCGUCUGCCCACCCUUGCCUGCCUAGGGCCAGGGGAGUAUGUGGAGGGGGUGAGCCAACAGGAUGUUCUGCUCAUCCACUCCUGCCGCCAGUGGACAACUGUGACAGCCCACAGCCUGGAGGAAGGGCACUAUGUCAUCGGGCCCAAGAUCGAUAUCCCACUGCAGUAUCCAGGGAAAUUCAAGCUUCUGGAGCAGGCACGAGAUGUUCGGGAGCCAGUGCAGUAUUUCAGCAGCAUCGAGGAGGUGGCCAGCGUCUUUCCUGACCGGAUUUUUGUAAUGGAGGCCAUCACCUUCAGCGUCAAGGUGGUGUCCGGGGAGUUCAGUGAGGACAGUGAAAUCUACAACUUCACCCUGCAUGCGGGGGAUGAGCUCACCCUCAUGGGCCAGGCUGAGAUCCUGUGCGGGAAGACCCCCAAGGAACGUUCCCGCUUCACCACUAUCCUCCGCAAACUGGGCCGGGCGGGGUCGCUGGCGGGGUCCCUGGCGGGGGUGGGGAGCGUCAGCGGGGGCUUGGGCGCCGGGGGAGCGGCGGGCACCAUCAAGCCCGUUAAGGGCAAGAUGCCCUGCCUCAUCUGUAUGAACCACCGCACCAACGAGAGCCUGAGCCUGCCUUUUCAGUGCCGCGGCCGGUUCAGCACCCGCAGUCCGCUGGAGCUGCAGAUGCAGGAGGGAGAGCACACCGUGCGGGCCAUCAUCGAGCGGGUCCGGCUGCCCGUCAACGUGCUCGUGCCCAGCCGGCCCCCCUGUAACCCCUACGACCUGCACCCUGUGCGGGAGGGCCACUGCUACAAGCUGGUCAGCAUCAUCUCCAAGACCGUGGUGCUGGGGCUGGCCUUGCGCAGGGAGGGCCCAACCCCUCUGCAUUUCCUGCUGCUCACCGACAUGCCCCGCUUCACGCUGCCCCAGGGGCUGCUGGUCGGGGACCCCCAGGUGGAGCAGCUGGUCAGGGACAGCGCUUCCUACUGCCACGAGCGCUUCGACCCUGACGAGUACUCCAAAGCGGUGCGAGAAGCCCCCGGAGACCUGGCGGAGGAAUGUGCCAGUCCGCGGAGGGCAAGGCUCUGUCUGCAGGGCCCCCGGCCCGAGGCGCUGCCCCAGCUCUCGCUCUGCCUUUACCCCCCCGCGGGGGAGGGGGAGCAGGAGUACAUGAGUCCAGACUGGGCCGGCCUCUCGGACCCCGCUCCUCCGGUGGAGAUCCCCUAUGAGGAGCUGUGGACUCACCCAGCCACGGAGAGCUUCGCAGAGGGUGGGGGCAGGGGCAGAGGCAGGCAACCCCCCGCGGGGCUCAGACAGCCCGACCUCAUCUCUUUUGCUGGGCCUGCGCAUCCGGAGAUGGAGGUUCCCCCACCCCCUGUCCCUCCCAAAUCAGAGGCGGUCAAGGAAGAAUGUCGCCUGCUCAACGCUCCACCGGUCCCACCAAGGGGUGGCCGGCCCCCAGGCAGUCCUCCUAUCCCACCCCGCUUCCCCAAACUUCAGCCUGUCCACUCUCCUAGCCCUGGUCUCUCCUAUUACUCUUCAGGUCUCCACGAUGGAUCUGGUUCUCGGAGUGGCAGCUGCUCCCCAUCCCCAGAUUCAUACUCUCUGUACUGUUACCCCUGCACCUGGGGUGACUGCAAGGUGGGUGACUGCUCCAGUCGCCCACUUCCCGGCCCCCUCCCAUCUACAACGCAGCCCAGCCAGGCCUCCUGGGCCUACCCUGAGCCUGGAAACAGUCGAUCUACACCGCUCCUUGGGGGUGAAACUCUCACCAAGACAUACCACAGCUGUCCCCCUCCACCCAAGCCUUUACACCCUCAGAAACGCUUUGCUCCAUUUGGGGCCCUCAAUCCAUUUGCUGGUCCCUCCUAUUCCUCAGGUCCUGCGUCAUCCUCCUCCUCCUCGUCCUUGGGCCCCACUUCCACCCCCCGCCCCACUUCAUCCUCCAGCCCUACUUAUUCUCCAGGCCCUGCCUCCUCCAGUCAGACCUACUCCUCCGGCUCCCCGUCCUGCCCCACCUCCUCCUCUUCUUCCUCUGAAUGGCAGGAAACAGCCCUUGAACCCUUUGACCCCUUUGAAGUGAGGCAGGGCAGUUCCCCAGAGCCAGAACUGCUUCGGUAUCAGGAGCCCAGAGUGGGUAGGCCUGGGCCCUUGUCACCCCCGGGCCCCACGAAGGCCUUGGAUCCAGAUGGCCUGAUGCUCCGGCGCAUGCCCACCCCGUUGUCCCCUCCCGUCUUACAGGGGCCGGAGGGAGCUGGAGCUCGGCUCUACCUGACCCCGGGGCGCCUGGAUGUGCCCCCGCGGGAGGGGGCCGUGGGUCGGGCCAGUUGGGAGAGCGCCCCAUGGCAGCCCCCGGCUGAUCUCUCGGCCCUCUCCUUGGAGGAGGUGUCUCGGAGUCUGCGCUUCAUUGGCCUCUCGGAGGACGUGGUGAGCUUCUUCUCCAGGGAGCGCAUAGAUGGCAGCAUCUUUGUACAGCUCAGUGAGGACAUCUUGGCUGAUGACUUCCACCUCACCAAGCUGCAGGUCAAAAAGAUCAUGCAGUUUAUCAAGGGCUGGAGGCCCAAGAUCUGAGCGGCCUGGCCUGUGGCCAGACAGCAGGAAUGUUCUCGGGCCUCUUAGGGGCAUGAAAGGAGUUCUCCAUGAAGCUGCUGCAGGUACUGGAUCUGGGUGGUCCAGAUUCAGAUAAGGCAGCAGUGUGCUACCAAGAUUUAGUGCCCCCAGGGCUCAACAUUCAACCGAAGCUCGGAGCUGGUCGGGGAGCCCGCCUGGUCUCCUGGGUUCUACCGCUGGGACUUUGCACAGAGAACAGGACCUUUGGCACAAUUUCUUUCCUUUAGAGACUUCACAAGGAGAAGCUACAAAUGGUAUUAACACAAAUGUGCAGA